AUGGAGGAGAAAUCUGUUGGUUUGGAUGUUACAGAGCUGAUGAUGGAUCAACCCACCCAGUCCCCAGCAAUGGAGAAUAGAGAUUUGCCUCUGCCUCAUCAAAGUGUUCUGAGAGAAGAAAAACAAGAAGUUAUGGCAGUGCAGCAUCCACGACGCCCAAGACUCUCCUCUCUCCAAGUACCUGUGAGGUCCUUAGACAGGACACUGUCCACUUUCACACGAAUCGACAUCAAUAGUCCAAGUUCUGCCAGAAAUGGCUUGCCUCCUAGACCAAACUCUGCCAGAUUUAUGUCAUCUAUGAAAAAUCUGCUUCCACAAAAGAGCACCAGGGUAAAGAACCUUCCACGUGAUGGUGAAAAAACUGUUCUUAUUCUUCCAGAUAGUACGCUUUCAGAUCAGCCUACAGAUAGGCCUUCAACUUCAAGGUCAUUUUCUCUCAACAAAAUUUUGUUCUCUUCUGCAUCAACAUCAGCACAUUCUUUGCCAGCAACUCCAGUUGCUGAUACCAUUGCUGCAGUAAAGGAGAAUAAUUUAACUGGCCAUUCUCAGCUAUUGGUAGAGCAGCAGAUGAGGCGUUCUUAUUCAGUUCCUGUUAAUGUAAAAACACGAAGUUUAAGGCAGACGGAUUCUUCAGGUGGUCUCGUCCGAGUAAUAUCUGCAACCUCUAGGCCUAGAUUGGAACUUGAUUCCGUCGCAAAUCACUCUGAAGAUACAGAUAUUGCUUGUGAUGUUGCUGGAGAAGAUAUUCCAGAAGAAGAGGCAGUGUGUAGGAUUUGUUUGGUCGAACUAGGAGAAGGAGGUGAAACAAUAAAGUUGGAGUGCAGUUGCAAAGGAGAACUUGCACUUGCCCACAAGGAAUGUGCCGUGAAAUGGUUUAGCAUAAAAGGCAACAAAACCUGUGAUGUUUGCCAGCAGGAAGUUCAGAACCUGCCGGUGACAUUAUUAAAGGUACAAAAUCCAGCGAGGAUAAUAAGGAGGCCACCACCCAUCACGCAGCAAAGGGAAGUGGCUCGUUACAGGAUUUGGCAAGAUGUGCCUAUCCUGGUCAUGAUCAGCAUGCUCGCGUAUUUUUGCUUUCUUGAGCAGCUUCUGGUAUCUGACAAAGGACCUCGUGCUCUUGCUAUCUCUUUACCUUUUUCUUGUGUAUUAGGCUUCGUAUCAACCAUGAUAGCUUCUUCCAUGGUGAGUAAGAGUUAUAUGUGGGCUUAUGCUUCAUUCCAAUUUGCAAUGGUCAUCCUCUUUGCUCACAUAUUUUACACAGUGCUCAAUGUAAAUGCACUUCUCUCAGUCCUGCUAUCGUCGUUCACUGGUUUUGGAAUUGCAAUCAGCACCAAUUCACUUGUUGUGGAGUACUUAAGAUGGAGAACGAGUCGACAACAAUCUUCUCAACAGCAUCCAGAUGGGAUGCCGCAGCACCAUGGACAAGAGCUAAGACACCAGGAACAUCAGUACAAUAAUCAUCUCGAAGAUCAUCAUUUCCAACAUUCAACAGUGAAUAAUCUCUCCGGUGAACCAGCUGACAGUAAUAGGCAUCUGGAAGCCAGGACUCCGGAUCCAUGA